CACCAGGACUCGCAUCGCUGCUCGGGGCUCGUAGUAUCCGCCAUUUUGUCACACUCCGCAACGCCCUCUCGCUCCGAAUCCUCUCUACCUGCUCUAGUGCAACGUGCCAAUACCCAUAUUAUAUUCAUUUUCUCCGGCGCCGACUAGUCCUUGCCUAGCUGAACCCCCGCCGCGCCGCGACAAACUUGUGCAUCCACCCGCGGGCCCUGAUGAGCGUCAUCCUCGGUAUCAGAAUCUUUGCGUGAACACGGAAUAGCAGCAUCGAAGACAGCACCAUGUUUUGCUUAAGGAGGUAUGUACACUACGCCCUCGACCCUUCAUUCAUCAUGCGAUCAAGGCUGACCUCUUUCCCAGCUGGCUGCCCCUCCUAUUCAUCCCCACAAAUGCCUCCCCCAUAUUCAUCUUCCUCUUUUUCGUGUGCACCUACUUCCUCAACCGACCAUGUGUAUACUGCUCCUUUCUCCUCAUGAUACUCUUCGCCUCCUCCUGCCACUGGUCCGAUCACUGCUUCUUCGAUUUCAGCAGUAACUGGUUCGAACCCAGGGGGCCCGCCGGUACCCUCUCUUCCGACUUGGUCAACUCCUCCGCCAUGUCGAACCAAACACUAGACCAAGUGGGAAUUUACGCGGGGGCAUUAAACAACACCGCCUUCGCCUUAGCAGGGACCGCAUUGGAAGAAGCAAAGCGCCAGCUGGCACUGAAGACGGAGUGGACCGGGAUAGGAGUGGAAUGGCUACGAAGUCUGUUAGGAAGAAGAGAAUGGCGUUUACCAUGCGUGGACGUGUAUGUUCGCCUGUGAGUCGAGUUGGACAUGUUACGGGAUGGAAAGUAAUGGAGGGGAUCUGUUCACGGGAUUGGCAUUGGCUUGGUCCGGUUCUGGCGUUAUAUACACGGCC